UAGAAAUAAAAUACGUUAGACAGGCGUUUGCACUUUGAAUGUAACAAGAGGUCAGUUGGAUUCCUUUAAAAUGGUACAGAAAAUGGCAGAAGCCGCUUCAAAAGAAAACCCCAAAACCCCGAAGACCAAGCCUGCAAAAAAGCGCAACUUGGAUGAGAAAAAAGAAAACGAAGCACCAGAAAAUGAAGAAACAAAGAAACCAACAAAACCAAAAUCGACGAAAACCAAAGCGAAACCGUCAAAAAAUAAGCCAACGACCAAAUCUACUAAAUCCGAAAAGAAGAAAAACGAAGUGAACUACAACAAUGAAGAAGCAGUAGAUGAGGCGAAGCAAGAGGAAAAAGAAGUUGUUGACAUGGAGAGGGAAGUUGGAACAAUUGAAUCAAGCAAAGCUACUCCAAGACAACCAACAGAGAGUGAAAACAUGCAAGGUGAAUCGAAUGCACAAGAGCAGGAACCAUCGAAGGAAGAGGUCGUAAAAGACGAAGAUGAUGCAAUUCAUAAAGAGGAAAAAGGCGAGGAAGAUGCAAAAGAAGAAAAAGUAAAAAUGAAAGCGGCAGAAGAGGCUGAAGCAAAGCAACAAAAAGACAAUGAUAAAACUGGUAAUGUUGAUGACUCUGUAGCAAAUAACGAGGAGGAAGAUAUUGUAUACAACACAGAAGAGGACGACAGUGUUAAAACAUCAAUGACGACGUGGGAUGUGGGAAGGAAACUGACCCCCCAACAGGCUCAGCAACUGAUCAAGCAGGCAAAGAUUCUGGUUAAGCAAAUCAACUUUUUACAACAACAGACGGAUAAAUAUUUGGCCAAGGACGAGUUGAUCAUGCAGAUAGAUGAUACGAUCGAGCAGACAAUAAGUCGUAACAAAACGUUGCUCGUUUUUAAAAUUUCGGACUUUGCCAAGAAAUUUGAACAAGCGAAGGAUGAUGACCCCGAACACAAAGGUAUUGAAUUCUCCCCUGUGUUUCGUACUGCUCCUCAUGGCUACCGACUGGGGAUGAGUUUGGUGUUAAAUGGAGAUGGGCCAUCUGUGAAGGGCAAGUUUAUGUCGAUCUUCUUCUGCAUUCUGAGAGGAGAUUUUGACGGGAUUCUACCUUGGCCAUUUGCCCGACAUUUAUCAUUCUCGUUGCUGGACCAGAAUGCUGACGUCGAACAGAGAGAGCACCAUGUUAAAACAUUCAGACCACGACUGAUAAAGCAGAAUGUUCCCUUUUUGUGGAGACCUGGAAAACACGGGAGAAACCCUAGCAUGGGUAUUCCACGGUUUGUGUCUCACGAGAUCUUAAAAAGCAGGGAUUACAUCAAGGAGAACCAAAUCUUCAUCAGAGUUGAACUAAGUGAUUGAUUCCCAUUCUAUCAGAGGAGUGAACAAUGUAUAACAUAUUUUUUAGUUCAAUGAGUGAAAAAUAUAUGUAUUAUAACUCAAAUAAUUGUACUUGUAAAGAAACUUAUACAUGAAUAAAAGUUCUUACUUGUAUUUAUAGUCAGAAUCGAGGUAACUUUUCA